UGUGUCAGGACCGUCGGACAGGGAGAGACGGAGCUGGAGCGUUUAGACAUGUUAUCAGAAGACGUCUUGUCUGUGUGACUAAACCGUCUGUCCAGUGGAAAUGAUCGAGAAAAGUUAAUCUAAGUGUGUGUGAUGGCGGAGCUCCCGUCUGGACUGCUGGAGGCAUGUGUAGUGGUUGGAGCGCCCAGUGACAAACUUCGAGACAUAUACCAGCUUCAUCUGCAGAGUAAGUUGGAAGAAAUCCCCCUGUUGGAAGCAGAGGUACUGCAGGUCCAUGCCCCGCCAUUUGUUUCCAAGGAGACCAACUCCAGCCAGCUGAUUGGACCAGCUUUCAGUCGUGUCCAGAGGAGGAGGAGCUUUAUCAAAAAGAAGAAGCGAGAUCGUGCUGCAGAGGUGUUGCCUAACGGAGAAACAACCAGUUGUACUGAAGCGUCCUCAGCAACAGAAGACAUCAGUGUUCCAAAGGAUCUGGACCUCAUUGCCUUGCCGCAGCUCUGUUUCCCUGGUGGUCUUCAGUUAGCCAAUGAGCAGAGGGAAGACAGUUAUCACUUCCUGGUUUUUACCGACCUGUUUGGGAUCCGAACCCAUGGAGUCGUCAUGCAGUACUACAGAGCUGUACAGUCCUGUCUGGAAGGUGCUGUCCAGAAUGGCCACAGGUGGAAUUCGUCAAAGUCCCGCCUCUAUGCACCUUUUGCCUUGUGUGUCAUCUCCAAGUUCCCCUAUUACAACGCUCUGAAAGACUGCUUGUCAUGUCUCCUGGUCCAGUUGCGGCCUUUAAGACAAGCUGACUUUGAGGAGACCAUAAAGGAAUUUUCAGCCAAGCUGUCCCUGGUCCCUUUACCACCACCUGGACAGCUACAUGUGUCCUUCAACCUCCGUCCCAUCCAAGUGGUUCUAACAUCAAGGGAGGAUCAGGACAGUCCUAUCAUCGACAUCGACCUGCAUCUUCCUUUCCUCUGUUUCACAAACACAACACUGCUCCAGGUGCUGUCCUGCCUCCUUCAAGAGCAGAGGCUGGUAUUCUUCUCUGCUGACUGGGCCAAACUGACUCUGGUCGCAGAGAGUUUGCUUUUGUACCUGCAGCCUCUGUCCUGGCAGCAGCCUUAUGUUCCUGUCUUGGCGAGAGGAAUGCUUGAUUUCCUCAUGGCUCCCACAGCCUUCCUGAUGGGCUGCCACAUCAGUAAUUUUGAAGAGGUCGCUGCGGAGACAGAGGAGCUAAUUCUGGUGAAUGUUGAUGAUGGCAUCAUUCAUUCGUCAUGGUCGGAAAGCAUUGACAUACCAGCUAUCCCUCUGGCUGCAGCUGAGAGCUUUAUAUCAAGGGCAGAGUGUCUCCAGCUUCACUAUGACUUGGAGAUGUGUCAUCUUGGAGCGGGCACUGAUGCCAACGCACUACGAAGCCAACGCAGAGAGUGGCAGACACGCCUCAACACACAGAUACAAAACAUCGCUCUGGAACUAGUGGUCAACAUCUUCAGAGGCGUCCAGGACUUUCUAAACCAUGAACACAGAGUUUUCAACAGUGAGGAGUUUCUGAGGACCAGGGAGCCAGCAGACCAGCUCUUUUACAAGAAGGUAUUAGACACCCAUAUCUUCCACUCAUUCCUACGAGACAGGCUUAACAGGAAACGGGACACCUUCAGCCGCAUGGAGCAGAACACGCGUAACCAUGCACACAGGAAUCGUGCGAUGACGGAGUCUCCUCGGCGUCCGCUCCUGUCUGAUCUGUCCCGGAGUGGCUACAGCCACUUCACCAGCCCUAAUGACAGACUGAGCAAGAGGCUGGGAGCCAGCCUGCCUAACCUGGAGCAACCCGCCAACGAUACUGUGACUGCCAUCAGCUCCAGCAGACCAGCCUCCGUCAGGAAGAUGACACCUGAUGUUGGGUUGAAGCUUCCUCAGAAAGCAGUGAAGGUUUUCCGCCUCCCAGAGUUCCCCCCUCCGCUGGCCUACCAUUACGUCCAGAACUAUUAUUCUGACAUGGUUUCUUCGCUGGGGAAGGCUAUUAACGCUACACCAUCUGAAGAUUCUGCUCUGACGGCCAGGUACCACUACCUACGAGGAUUGGUAAACACUGUGUCCAACAGAUGUCUGGAUGCACUGGAGGACUUCCAGAGUCUUUAUAAGACUGACUCGGACAUCUUCCCUUCUCAGAUGGUGAAGUCACUGGUUGACUCUCUGCCAGAAGCUGAAAGGUUACAGGCGGACAAACGGCCAGAACUGAAACGGCUCAUCAGUCGGGUCAAGAGGGACCAGGAGCGUGAACGUGCGCGUGACGGCAACGGGCGUGAGGAAGAUUCCGUGAAGCGCUUCCGUCUGCCGAAAACAUAUAUGCAGCUGGAGGAGUUUGUGAAAUGUAUCCAGGAGUCCGGCAUCGUAAAAGACCAAGGGACCAUACAUAGACUCUUUGACGCUCUAACCGUCGGUCAUCAGAAGCAGGUGGGUCCAGAGUUGUUUAGAGUCUUCUACACCAUCUGGAAGGAGACUGAGGCGGAGGCACAGGAGGUGUGCUUGCCAGCGUCCGUCUCGGAGCACAUUGAGCCCAGCGAGUGCGUCUUCAAGCUGUCCUCCUCUGUCAAGACGAGCCGCGGCGUGGGGAAGAUCGCCAUGACUCAGCGCCGGCUCUUCCUGCUGACCGACGGACGGCCGGGAUACGUGGAGGUGGCACAGUACCGAGAUUUAGAGGAGGUGAAAGUGUCCUCUGCCCCCUUCCUGCUCCUGCGAAUCCCCAGCCUGAAGCUGCGUGUUCAGGGCAGGAAAGAGGCGUUCGAGGCCAAUUUGAAAACGGAGACGGAGCUAUGGAACCUGAUGGUCAAAGAGAUGUGGGCCGGGCGCAAUAUGGCUGACCAACACAAGGACCCCCAGUACAUGCAGCAGGCUCUGACCAACGCCUUGUUGAUGGACGCAGUAGUGGGCAGCCUUCAGAGCAGUAAGGCCAUCUACGCUGCUUCCAAGUUGGCUCACUUUGACCGCAUCAAGAUGGAAGUGCCGAUGAUGGUCCCCAAGACAACUGCAGAUACGCUGAAGCACAAAAUCAACCCCUCUCUGGAGCUCGCUGCGCCUCAGGCUGUAGAUGUACUUCUAUACACACCAGGUCAGUUAUGGGUGUCUGUGAGCAUGGGGAAGGUGAUGGUGUUUGAUGCCUCCAGCUGGUCCCUCACACACACCUGCCAAGUUGGAAAUGCAAGACUGAACUGCAUGCUGGGAGUUGAUAAGGACCAGGUCUGGAUGGGCUCUGAGGACUCUGUUAUCUACAUCAUCAGCAUGGUGGCCAUGGUCUGCAACAGACAGCUGACCGAACACAGGGCGGAGGUCACCGGACUGGCGCUCGACAAUGACAAAUACGGCCAGAGGGUGGCGUACUCCUGCAGUGCAGAGGGAAGCGUCAUGGUGUGGGACGUCUCAACGCUCCAGGUAAAGAAGCACUUUCGCCUCUCCUGCGACCGCCUGCAGUCCAUCUACAGCUGUAACGGGACGCUGUGGUGCUCUUCCAGGGACAAUAUCAUGGAGGUGUGGAGGAACGGUUUAUUGAAACAUCGUCUGACGUUACCAGAGCAGCAAAAAGGAACCACAGCUACAUUCAGCUCUAUACUGCUGUUACCUGAGAACGAGGAGCUGUGGAGUGUUUGUGUUGACUCAGCAGAAGUGUGUAUUUGGCACAUUAAGGACACUGCCAAACCGUAUCACCGCGUGACUCUACAGGACUGCACCGGAUGUUACUGCAUGAUCAAAGUUAAAGACCAGGUUUGGGUCGGCUGCGUUGGCCGCAGAUCCACCAAAGGGAAGAUCUACGUCCUGGACACAGAACGCCACCAGGUCCUGAAGGAGCUUCACGGCCACAACGACAAGGUGACGGCGCUCUGCUCCGCGGAAGACCGGUACGUCCUCAGCGGCGCGGGCAAAAACGACGGAAAGAUCGCCAUCUGGAAGGUGGAGUAGAGCUGACCAUCCUGGGAUGUCCUUUGAACAAACAAGCGUGAUUGGGAAAACGGAUCAAAAUCACAACCUCAACUUGCCUCUGCAUCUCAUACAUAUGAAGGAAUCGCAUGGUGUGAAGCACCAGGUUUACAUGAAUUGUCACCAUGAGGUGGUUAGUAAGAAAUACUAACAGUACUAACACGUUAUUCAUCGGGAACAUGAAGGACUAAUUAAGACUGAAAAAAAGAGAAGUGGGCACAAGUUCUGCUGGAUGUUUUUUUUUUUUUAACCAAAGUACUUCUCUUUGCUGAAGGUUUUUACUUAUUUUUUUAUAGUCACACCUUGUGCCUUAUUUAAUGCUGCACUCUGUUUUAUAUUAAGUAUGAUCACACUUUUUACUAUGUGGGAACGUUGUGUGACCGAACAUCACCUCCAGCUGUGUUAUUGAGGAGAGUUUCUGCAUCACAAAGGAGUCAAACUACCCUGAAAACAAAACUCAAAUUAUGAAAGAUUUCACCAUUAUGUGAGAAAGAAAAUGUUUAUUUUGAUCGAAGUUAUUCUUUAAUGGACAAUGUAUGUUGGAGACGGACUGUAAAUAUGAUGAUAGAUGAUACCAAGUUAGGAGCUGCACCCAAACUCUGACUUGUGAUGGAUAAAUGUUUCAGAGCAGCUGAAGAUGAACAAGCGUAGUCUUGCAACAACUGGAAUCUGAUAAAAACUCACAAAAUAAGGACCAACCCCACAGUGUUUUGCUCUUGUUAUAUUUCUUUAUCAAAUACUUACCUCAUUGUAAGAUAAGUUUUAACAUGUUCUCUAUUUAUUUUCUACAAGAUUAGUUUAACCUGUGUUACCGGAUAGUUGGUUUCAAGGAUAAAGGCAGAUGUUUCUAUGUACAGACUGACAGGAGAGAUAAAGUCACUGCUAUGAAAUGCCUUCAUAUUAAAAAGGAAGUUAUACAUAACUUUGAAUUCAAAAGGCCAGGCUAUGAAUUGCUUCUCAUAUGUAUUUGUUUUCUGCAGACAUUUGUGAUAUAUGCAUGUUUUAUGGAUUUAUAACUAGUCAUUUUUUAACAUUAUUUGUAUUGGCUAAGUGAAACAGAAAAGACUGAAGUUUGCUUUCAUAUCACUUUUUUUUUCCAAUUCUUUCUAGGACUCUUAAACAAUCAAAGUAAAGAAGUAAGCACACAUCUGUUUUUCUGUCCUGUUUAACAAAAUGUUAACAUCAUGAAUGGGAUCAUUUUUCUUCGUAUUACCUGAGGUUCAUUCAAAGGUUCAACUUAACUUUUAUUGAUGUAUUUAUACACUGUAUAUAUCUGAUGAAUAUGAACAUAAAAUACAUUACUUUUGUAAACUAAACUGGUGAUGAUGCAAACAACUUGAGACUUCAUAUGACGCUAUAGUAUGUCUUCAAGACUGUUUACAAGAUUUUUUUUUAUAAUUAACCAACAGUGA